GGGGGUGCUGUCGACAGCGUUGCGGGCCGGCUCGCGGGAGCUUCAUGGCGCGAGCGCGGGCGGUGCGGGCCGCUGCAGAUGACGGAGGUGCAGCGAGCGGCGCUGCGGCCCUGUGGAGAUGAGGAAAUUGAGGCAUAGCGAUAAGUAAUCUGAACCAGAUAAUACCCUAAGUGUUAGAACCCAGAGGAAAAUUUGGGCAGUCUGGCUCCAGAGUCUAUACUCUUAUCCUCAACACGAUUCUGGCCCAUCAACAAGAUCUUGGACACCCUUGGUCACUGGAUAUGUAACUCAAGAGCUCCUGGAUUGAACUAGAGGAUGUGAUGGGAAGAGAGAUGGGUGGGGAGCCAGGUGAAGAAGCAAGAGAAGCCUCCCUUCUGCAGUUCCAAAAGAUGAGUCGUGGCUAUUCAGAAAACAACAAUUUCCUGAACAAUAACAACCAAAUGGUGUUGGACAUGAUCCUUUAUCCAUUAAUUGGAAUCCAGCAGACCAUCAACUGGGAAACUGUGGCAAGGCUUGUUCCUGGAUUAACACCCAAAGAGUGUGCAAAAAGGUUUGAUGAACUGAAGAGCAGUGGAAGCUCACCUGUUGACAACCAGUUUAGUCCUCUAAUGGCUGCUGGAGAGAGUCCUGUUGAAACUUUAGCCACGUAUAUCAAGUCCUCACUCCUUGACACACAGGGAGAAUUUCAGGAGACUCUGGUUGGUCAGGAUGCAGUUUCCAAAACAGGAAGACAUAGUAUAGCUUCCACAAGGAAUUGUUCUUCAGAAAGUGAAAAUUGUACUACUCGUAAUGGUGGAGAAAAGACUGAAGAAUCUGAAGGGCCAAACAUGGUGAUCCAUGUAUGUGAUGAAGCAAAAAACCUGAAAGAAGAUUUUAUUUGUCCACGAGAUCUUUUGAUAUCAGAAAUGAAGUACUUUGCUGAAUAUUUAUCUAUGGAUGCCCAGCGCUGUGAAGAGAUGGACAUUUCAGUUCAUUGUGACGUUCACAUUUUCACCUGGUUGAUAAAAUAUGUUAAAAGGAACGCUAAGGAGAAUAAAGAUUGUGAGAUGCCUACUUUAGAGCCAGGAAAUGUCAUUUCAAUUCUUAUUUCUUCAGAGUUUUUGAAAAUGGAUUCAUUGGUUGAACUGUGUAUUCAGUAUUGCCACAAAAACAUGAAUGCCAUAGUAGCUACCCCAUGCAACAUGAAUUGUAUUAACGUAAAUCUUCUUACACGUAUAACUGAUCUGUUCACACACAAUGAAGUUGAUGAUUUAAAGGACAAGAAAGAUAAGUUUAGGAGUAAACUUUUUUGUAAGAAGAUUGAGAGACUGUUUGAUCCUGAGUACUUGAAUCCAGAUUCUCGGAAUAAUGCAGCAACAUUAUACAGAUGCUAUUUGUGUAAAAAACUUUUGACAAAAGAAACAGAAAGAAGAAUUCCUUGCAUUCCUGGAAAAAUCAAUGUAGAUCGACAUGGAAAUAUUAUCUACAUUCACAUAAGAGAUAAGACUUGGGAUGUUCAUGAGUAUUUGAAUAGUCUUUUUGAAGAAUUAAAAUCUUGGAGAGAUGUGUAUUGGCGUUUGUGGGGAACAAUCAACUGGCUAACUUGCUCAAGAUGUUACCAGGCUUUUCUCUGUAUAGAAUUUUCACAUUGUCAGUAUCACUCAGAAACAGUAGUUUAUCCAACAGCAAGUUCACUGAAUUCUGUCAGCACUGGAAUUUAUCCCUGCUGUAACCAAAAGGUUCUUCGGUUUGAUCCCACUCAGUUUACGAAGGGUUGUAAAGUGAGGGAUCACGUGGUUACUCUUCGUGAUCAAGGUGAAGGUGGAGAUUUGCUGUCCUGUCCAACUACUAGAAUAUUGGAUGAUCUGCACAAGCACAAAGAUGUCAUCGUUGUGCCUUUUUCUAAAGAUACAGUUAGUGAUUCUGGAGGUGGUCCCUGGGAUGAAAAGGGUCUAGAUUGUGAUGUUUUACUGGAGCCAAAUACACCAUGGGGCCCCAAAAGUGGGGAGCUCAAUGCUUUCUUGUCACUGAAAAACUGGACUCUGCAACUGAAACAACAGUCAUUAUUUUCAGAAGAAGAAGAAUAUACCACCGGAUCUGAGGUCACGGAAGAUGAAGUUGGAGAUGAAGAGGAAGUAUCCAAAAAACAAAGAAAAAAGGAGAAGCCAAAGAAGCUCACUAAACAACCAAAGAAGCAGAUGUCUUCACCCUGUGGUCAAAAGAAAGAAAAAGGACUGGAGAAGUCAACUUCUAGAGAUGUGUCUCCUUUCAUCGUAAGUAUGCAGAAGAAUAAGUGGGAUACCACAAGAUCUUUGAGAUUCAACCAGGAUGCACAAAGAGAAGAUGAUCAGCGGCGGAUGUCUGAAAUUACAGGGCACCUAAUAAAGAUGAGAUUGGGUGAUCUGGACCGAGUCAAGUCAAAGGAAGCAAAAGAAUUUGCAGGAGGUAUUUAUUCCAGACUCGAAGCGCAAAUCAAGUCCUCAGUGCCAGUCAGCGCACGGCAAAGCAGCUCAGAGAAGAACACAAGGUCUAAAAGCCGUCUUGGUCCAGGGCGUCCUGCAUAAAGCCUCUUAACAUACAACUACAAAGACAGAAGACACACAUCUGGACAUCUGAAAUUGCUCACUUCUUGAAGUUCUUCACAAUGAUGACUUCUAAAUGUUUUAAGUUAUUUAUUAAUUAUUCUUGUAAACUACAUAAAUCAUAAUGCUAAGGGAAAUAUAUACUUAGGUGUUAUGAAAUCUAAAUUGUAAAUAUGAAACUUCUUAAAUCUAAUUUUCGUUUAUUGUGAUGCUAGGCUAUGUAAAAAAAAUUUCUGUUUACAAAUUUGCAUGGUUAAAACUCCUAGUAUUUGUUAUCCCUUAUUUAUUUGAAAGAGAAAAGGCCUCAACUCUCAAGUAGCUAAGACUUUUUAGGACCUUAAAAAAUUAGGGGAACACAGCUGGUAGCGGUGCUGCGCAUGAGCACUAAUUUUAGUAUGUCUUUUGGGCUGUAAAUCUUGGGAUGGCAUUGAGAACUGCAAUUUGCGUGAUGAAAUUCCUAGUGAUGCUAAUUUUAAGUUUGCAUGAAUGUUAAGGAGUGACAGAUCUAAAGACUGCAUUAAAUAAAGUUUCAAGGUGAGGUAUUUCCUGUGUUGGGCAGAAGGCUUAAUUUUUUUUAGCAUUAUUCCAUGGAAAGCACAAUGUUAAGCCAACUUUUUUUUUCUUUCAGUUUUUAAUGCUUAUCUAUUGGUUGGGAAUUACUGAUUAUUACCUCUUUCUUCCGUGAUGCUUGUGCCAUUCUGAAUUUUUUAAAAUAACCAUUGAUAGUUUUAGGAUAGUAAAUCAUUUCAGUUGUAUGAGACAACCACUGUACAGUUCUCAGGGCUCUAAAACCCAACCAUAUUUCUAUAGCCAUUCAAAUAGCCCCUUAGAACAGUUAUGAUUACUUAUUACUUGGAGAUAUCUAGAAGGAAAGAUUCUCAAAUACAUUUGAUGGCUGAAAAAUUUCAGAUAUUCAAGAGAAAUCAAAAUAAAAUUCUAUAGAUCAUGUUGUAAUUUUCCUAACCAAGCAGAAAGAGUGCUCAGGGAAAAUUCAUUCCAAACCAUAAGCAUAUAAAAAAUUAUGUGUUUGGAAAUUACUUAUAUGUAGGUCUCUAAAAAACUUUAAGAUGCACUGUUUCUAUUUUUAGUUUUCAUUUGCCUUAUAAUUGAAAUUUCUUUGUAUUAUUUAGAGAACAAACUUUGAUAAUGUGUGGUGGAACAGCAGUUUCUGUUGAAAUGUUCAAGUGUUACACUCAGUUUACACGUGCAGAAAUCAUUAUUUUUACUGAGUGUUUUAGUUGAUAAAUGAAGCUAGAUGUUAUUUGAUGUUAUAUGUACAGCUUUGCCAAGGUUUUUGAACUUUGGUUUGGAAAUUUUGUUCCAGUUUAUAUAUUUUUCAAUUGUUUGACAUUUUUGAAAUAGAUUAUAAAAUUUUCAUUUUCAAAAGGAAAUGUUUUGUAGUACAUGAUUUGUAAGCCCUAUUAAAUACCAGAGUCUUGGUUAGUUUACUAAAUUCUCUGAUUAAAAGGAUUUGAGUUUGUACAUGUAUAUAGUGCUAUGAUGGUCACAACUAGAAGAGGGAAGAGAAGAGGAAAAUAUGCUCUUGGUUUUUAACUGAUGGUAACAAGGCAAAUUGCUUCUCCUUGGGGGGACUGUACCACUGAAUUGAUUUUUACAAACCAGAAUUUAUCAGAAUUUGAUUCUCUUCAGACUGUGUUUUUUAUUUUCUUAAUGUCUGUCUGUAAUACAUAGCACAGGUACCACAAACAUUUUAAUCAAACUCUUAAGAGCAUUUCUUUUGCCAGAUACUUUGAGGUUUUA